CUCUCUCUCGCGCGCGCUCUACUGAAGAGGAGCUGCAUUAGAGGCAGUCAGUGGCAGCACGAGCAGCUUCAAAGCGGUCAGUCAGCUGGUCAACAGCGCACAUUAGCAGCCCUCCCCUGACUCCCAGUAGAACCCAAACUUCCCUGUUGGAGAUCAACUCCACCCACUCCACCCAGCAGCAAUGGCAGAUGACGCAGACAUGCGCAAUGAGCUCUCGGACAUGCAGCAGCGUGCCGACCAGCUGGCUGAUGAGUCACUGGAAAGCACUCGCCGUAUGCUCCAGCUGGUGGAAGAGAGUAAAGAUGCUGGUAUCAGGACUUUGGUUAUGCUGGAUGAGCAAGGAGAACAACUGGAGCGCAUCGAAGAGGGGAUGGACCAAAUCAAUAAGGACAUGAAGGAUGCAGAAAAGAAUUUGAACGAUCUAGGAAAAUUCUGUGGUCUUUGCUCCUGUCCAUGUAACAAAAUGAAGAGCGGAGGCAGCAAGGCCUGGGGCAACAACCAGGAUGGCGUGGUGAACAGCCAGCCCGCCCGCAUAGUGGACGAGCGAGAACAGAUGGCCAUCAGCGGAGGUUUCAUCCGCAGGGUAACAGAUGAUGCCCGGGAAAAUGAGAUGGAUGAGAACCUGGAACAGGUGGGAGGCAUCAUUGGUAACUUGCGCCACAUGGCCCUUGACAUGGGUAAUGAGAUUGACACCCAGAAUCGCCAAAUCGACAGGAUCAUGGACAAGGCUGAAUCCAACAAGACCAGGAUCGAUGAGGCUAACCAGAGGGCCACAAAGAUGCUUGGCAGUGGUUAAGCAUCUGAACCACCUGCUUGUAACAGAGCGGUUUGACAAAAGGCGCAAACAUGCUUUUAUCCUGGUAUUUACCUUCUAGGUUUGCACACAUGCACAUAUCACCCUGGCCCCCACAUUGUAAAUGUUGUUCUGUGUGCUGUCUGUCGGCUUUUACAAUGACUGUCCUCGUAAAUUAUUUCUUAUACUCCGUACCAUUCUUUCCAAAGGUUGUAUAUAGUGCUGGCUCUGGCUCACUUGUGAAGUUUUAAUUCUCUUUAUCACAUAUUUAUGUAUGUGCAUAUAUGUAUACACAAAAAUAGCUUAUAUAUAUAUAUAUAUAUAUAUAUAUAUAUAUAUAUAUAUAUAUAUAUAUAUAUAUAUAUAUAUAUAUAUAUAUUGGAUGAAAUAUAUAUUAGGAAUGCUAUACAAACCGUCUUUCCUUUUUGGUAUCUCAGUAUCGUCUUGGUAAUUCUGUCAUUUCAUUAGGCUACUGUCAUGCUCCUUAUUUUGAUGUUGUCAUGACAACUGAAGAAUGGGUAAAAGAAAAGUAAUUGUUUAACUUUGAUGCCAAUACAAAAGCACUUACAAUAUCUGUCCUUGGUUCAUUUUCCUUAUCACGAACAUAAUCAGUUACUGUUUAGACAAUGUGCAACUGUAGCUGUACUAGACAUUGCAUUCCAAGUGGUGUGAAUUGUGCAUUAUGCAUGACAAAUGUUAGAUUUUAGAGUCUUAUAAAUAAAAUGUGUUUUAAAAAUAUGAAAAAAAAAUCAUGGCAGUAGCAAAAAAAAAAUUGACAAACGCAUGCUCAGUAUUAGGACACAGUUGAACGAUCCAUAUUCCUGCAAGUUUGCAAUAGUGCUCUCUGUCAAUAUAUAUUUACAGACUGUGAUCAUUGUUGUAACAUAAUGCAAAAUGACCUUAAACGGAACUGUAAUGGAGAUGAGAAAAGUUGUGAUUCUUAAAAAUGACCUGUUUUCUAAAUGAUUAUGCAGUUUGUUGAAGAUAUGACUGAAGUGGGGAAUGGUGGGGACUAGUUGUUUACUGUAUCAUAGGUUUUGGAUGCUCUGAAAAAUUAAGUAAAUAAACAUUUGCAAUGUAAAGCAAAGAUGCAUAUUUCUGAGAGAUCUUACUUUUAUAAGAAGACUGUACCCUGUUAGUUUACUUUCCCAGUGUGGUUUGUUAUUGGUUAAAAAAAAUCUGAAUAAUCCAUAACAAAAAUAUUACCGGAGAUUUUUUGUUGCUUCUGUACUUAGAGCUAUGCACACCAAAUUGCUGAGAUGUUGAAUAUAAGAAGACAAAUAAAUACCUUAUCUGAAUGACACAUAGGUUAAACUGUGAGAUGGAUGUCCUCAAUGCAUGUAAUAUUAAAAACUCCCUCUGUAUCCUGUCAGUCUGUGAAGUGGUCAAUAUUUUGUAGUUAGCUGAAUUAAUUAAAAGUAAUUUCCCCUCCUC